AUGAAUUGCUCUGAAUGCCCAUUAUACGCUGAGUAUUUUUGCUCAUGCAAUGGAAAAACCACAAUCUUAUGCAGAGAGCACAUCUAUUCUCACAUUGGUGAUUUGCAUCAGCUUAAUAAUCUUUACUUCAGACCAGAUUAUAAUGAAAGAGUGCAGGCGGUCUCAAAUAUAUAUAGAAUUAUCAAAGAUUUAGACUCAACUAAUGACAAAAAAAUAAAAGAAACAUAUCAAGAGCUUGAAAAAAUUAAAGAAAAGCUAAAAAGCACUUUAGGUCUUAUUGAAGUCGACAUAUCAGCCCUUCAAAACUUAAUAAAGAAAAUAUUUACGACAACCGAGUUCUCAAGAACUGAUAAAACUUGUAGCCUAUUUAGAUGUCCAUAUGAGGCAGUGAUAAAAACUCUGGUAAACGAUAAUUUCAUUAAUCCUCAUAAUUAUUCUACAGAAAUCAUUUCAAGUUUUCUACGUAUAGACAAUAUCCAAAACCCUUUAUCCUCAAACCUUAAAGAAGAGUCCAAAAUCAGUAUAGCGCGUGCUCCUCUAUAGAUUUUCAAGGAAAAUGCCCAUCAAAGAAAAAAAUUAUUUGAAAUCCCAAAAAAAUUCCAAAAAGUCAAAUAUCAAUUUGAAAAAUCCAUUAUAUAUGUCCUAUUUGCCAAUUUGAAAAUUGACUUUUCAGAUUUUUCCUUAAUUUAAAAAACUUAAAUUUUUUUAUAUAAAAGCUCUUGUCCUCAGGGAUCUAAAUGAGGCUUGUGCUAUAAUGAAACACUGAAGAAGAAUGCUAUAUGAUCAAAACUAGGUGAUAAUGGAGAAUUUAUGCCUUAUAGCCUAGCUGAUAAUGAAAUCAUUGAAAAUGCUUUUCAAAGCAGCAAAGAUCUAUAGAGGCUGCCUUUGAGUAGCGCUCUAAGCGCCCGAGACUUCCCGACGAAGUCUGGGCGGUGGUUUGAUCAGCUGAUGUUGGUCAAACCAACAUCCAAAAUGACAAAUUCUUCUCAUACAGAAGGUUUGUCAAAUUGGAUGCUGGUUUGACCAACAUCAGCUGGUCAAACCACCGCCCAGACUUCGUCGGGAAGUCUCGGGCGCUUAGAGCGCUACUCAAAGGCAGCCUCUAUAGUUUAUAUAGGAGAAAUGAACAGUCAACGCUAUAUCAACUUAAGGAAUCCGGCAAUAGAAAUUCAAGAAGGAAGAAAAAAAAGAGUUACGACUGUUUUAAGGAAUGAUGGCUCAGAAAACCUCACCAAUAGCAGAUAUCUUACUCCUCUCCUUUUAAUUGAGUAAAGUUAUUGGAAAAUUCCUAUUUUUGACCUUAAGCGAGUAAAAAUAAUUUUAAUAUAAUUUUUUUUUGUAAAUUAUUUUAAAUAUAUUAUUAAUAGUUGGAAUGGACGCACUUUUUUCCCUAUCUUCCUGUCCAUAAUCCUCCAACAAUAAUCCUCUAAUAUAAAAAUUUAAAAAAAUGAGCUAAAAGAUAUAUAGUUCUGUCUUAAAGGGAGGGAGUUAAAUCUACUGAAAAACAAUGGCGCUUCGAAAUUGACGAUGAGAAGUGGGAGAGUAUGACCUCAGAAGCUUCAAGGGUUAUUGAAUGAGCAUUUCAAAAUGAAGUCCCUGAAGCUAUAAUCCAGGUUCGCAGGUCAUAUAAAAUCGACAUAGAAGAUAUGAAGCAGACCAACUUACAAACAUAUAGUCAAAGGAAGGUCAAAAGAGGCUACUAA